AUGGCAACACUAUCACCCGAAAUACUUGCUCGCUUCGAAAACAUAAAUAAACGACAACUCGAGCUAGAAACAAAAGUUACUCAACUAAAGAAUGUAAUCGCUUUAACAACUCAACAAGAGUUGUAUACAGAAAUUAGAGAUGGUGUGAGGGAACUCGAGAAAUGGAUAGAGGUGAAUGACGACGUUACAAAGGAACGAAGAACAGUACAAACAGUAGCUUCAAUUCGGCGAGCUGUUUUGACAUCUAAGCAAAAUAUUGAAAGGGAGGCGAAAAUAGAACGCGAAAUGUUGUUAGGGCGUGUUGAUGGACGAAAUUCAUUUGCUUUUGAAAUGCGAAGACGUAAUUUCACAUCAGAAGAUGCACUUUUGCAUUCAGCUAGUGAUGUUACUGAUGCAUUACGACGCACUACUCAAUUAAUGCAACAAGAGAUUGAACGUAGUGCAUACUCAGCGAAAGUACUUGACGAGUCAUCUCGCGCACUAAAAUCCACUUACAGCGAAUAUCGAGGAUUUUCAUCAGUUUUGCGUGGCUCUAAACAAUUAAUUACCAAAUUAGAACAGAUUGACUGGACAGAUAGGCUACUUAUUUUAUUUGGUCUAUUAGUGUUUGUCUUAGUUGUGUUAUAUGUUCUGAAGAAAAGAGUGUGGAACACUGGUUUUGGCUGGAUGUCAUGGUUCGCCUCUUGGCCAAUUGGAUUGACGUCUUUUAAAAAAUCGCCGGAAAAUUUUUUGUGGGUGGUUGGUUAA